ACGGAACUCUCUCCUGGUCAGUUCGCGUUUCCACGGCUGGAAAGCAACGGAGGGGGAUAGUGGGCAGACAGACGAGGAGGGAGCGAGGAAGCGACGGGUCUUCCGUCCCCGUCUCUCCUCCCUCCGCCCCCCCUGUUCCCCCCACACCUGUCAGUGCGUUUGCAAGCGCGGGUAGUUUUCUUGGCGUCAGACAGUUCGCAUUGAAUCGAAUGUGAGCUAGCGGGCAUAACCAGGACGGAUCGUCAGUGUGACUCCCGCUGGUGAUCACCGGCAUCCCGCCUCUUUGCAGCGUUGUCCCUCCAUAGCUGCAAGGUUCUGUGACGGAUCGUGAGAGUGGUCGCACGGGCCAUCCAUCUCUUCAUCUUAUAUCGGUGCACCUCCUCUUGCUUCCUGCUCCUGCCUAAGUCACGAUCGUGAGCUACGUGUAAACCGUCAGAAGAGCGACUGCGAGGUCUAUCCUGUAAGACGAUAUGAGCGCCCAGGCCGCCGCUGGUUCGCCGGGCAGCGGCGUCAUGUCGGCCAAUGGAUUUGGAAAGCGGAGUAUGACGUCCAAGAAGCCUCUGCUACAGCAACAACAGCAGGCGCAACAGUCCAAUGGAAUCCUGCGGAAAUCUGCGUCGCUAGGAGGAGGAGGAGGAGGAGGAGGAGGAGGAGGAGGAGGAGCAGCAGCAGGAGCUGGUGGCGAAGUGAGCGGGUUCACGAACGGGGGUGCCGUCAGCAACGGCAUGAACGGCGGUGUGAACGGGUCGGGAGGAGUGGGCGGAGGCGCCAUUAAGAAGGUUGUUGACACAGCAAUUCGCGGCCGAGAUCGGAAGCUCACUGGAGAGAGAACUGUGAAGGCUCUGCGGCUGUCCAAGGCUCUUACUAUCCCAGAUGUGACCAUGGUCGCUGAUGCUUGCCGGCGGAUGGCUCAGAGGCGUGCUGACGCAGCACUGCUUACAGACUCCAGUGCUCUGUUAUGUGGGAUCGUCACAGAUAAGGACAUUGCCAUGCGUGUUGUAGCUGAGGGUCUCAACCCAGAAGUGACCCCUGUCUCGAAGGUGAUGACGCGGAAUCCAAUCUUUUGCUUGAGUGACAUGAGCGCAGUUGAAGCUCUCCAAAAGAUGGUUCAAGGGAAGUUCCGGCAUCUUCCUGUGGUGGAAAAUGGAGAGGUGAUAGCCCUGCUGGAUAUUACGAAGUGCCUGUUUGAUGCCAUUGCAAGAAUGGAGAGAGCUGCAGAGAAGGGGAACGCGAUUGCAGCAGCAGUGGAGGGCGUCGAGAGGCAGUGGGGUCCGUCACUUGGAGCUUCAGUGAGUUUUACCGAGACUUUGCGGGACAAGAUGUUUCGGCCAACAUUGUCCACCUUGAUUGGUGAGAAUAGAAAGUUGGCAACGGCAACACCGUCGGAUACUGUUUUCACUGCGACGAGGAGAAUGAGGGACAUGAAAGUGAGCGCAGUUGUUGUUACAAAUGGGACAAAGCCACAGGGAAUACUCACGGGAAAGGAUGUGUUGAUGAAAGUGGUGGCACAAGGUCUUUCUCCAAGCGUUACAAUUGACAAGGUUAUGACUCCAAAUCCAGAGUGUGGAUUCUUGGACACUACUAUUGUUGAUGCGCUGCACACUAUGCAUGAUGGGCGGUUCUUACAUCUUCCAGUUGUCGAGAGAGAUGGCACUCUUGUUACGUGCGUGGAUGUUCUACAUCUUACUCACUGGGCAGUAGCACAGGUCGGAACUACAAACCAGGCAGAUACGAAUGGAAUGAUGCAGCGGUUUUGGGACUCUGCAUUCUCGCUGGAUCCUCCGGAGGAGGAUGAGGAUGCACUGAGUUGCCAUGGGAGUGAUUUCUCAGGAAGAGCCGGUGAUGUUGAGACGAACAGCAGAUUUGGUAGCCAAGUAUCCAUGUUUGUAGGGAACGGGUUCACAUUCAAAAUUGAGGACAAGACAGGUCGAAUGCACCGUUUCACCUGUGGUAUUGAAAGUUUGGAUGAGCUUGUGAUGGCAGUUGCCAACCGCACGGGUCUGGAUAUGAAAUCAACAAAUGCCCCACACAUCAUGUAUGAAGAUGACGAAGGUGAUAUGGUGCUGCUGAACAAUGACAGCGACCUGAUUGCGGCUGUCAACCUUGCCCGUGCAUCAGGGUGGAAGGGUAUAAGAUUGUAUCUGGAUGUGGACAAGUCACCAUCAUCUCUCAGAAGGUUGCAGUCGAGAAGGAGAUCAGCUACAGAUCCGUGGGCGGUCCCUACUCGUGCAAUGUUUGUGACCAGUGUUGCCUGUCUAGGUGUUGGGUUGAUGCUGUACAUGAAAAAAUCUAACCCACAACUGUCAUCCGAUGAGCUGAAGGCUGUCGUUUCUACUGUUGCGGGAAAGAGGAGUUGAACCUUGAAACUCAGAACAAUUUUGUCCUGUGAGCUGCUUUUCACUCCCUUUGUUAUGGGGGUUGGCCGCAUGUCCAGCUCGAUCGAAAGUGCAUUAUGCGUGAGGUAACCAUUGUGGAGAGAGUCUUGAUUCCAGCUGAGCAUGCCUAUUUCAUGGCAGUCGUAGUGGAAGUAGCUUGUCGUGACAGUGGCAUUGUGUACGGAUGAGAGGAAACAGGGAAAAUGUCCCAAGCGCGGGAGGUGGUGGUGGUAGAGGGAUCGGAGCGGCCGGCUCAGUGUCCAAAAUCAAGACCGCCGGUAUUAUUAUUCUGAUUCGUUUGAUUCGUUUGAUUCGUUUGAUUCGUUAGUUUGCCACUUCUGAUGAUGCAGAAAAAAAUCAGGUCAUUUCUUACGAGGGGUUUCUAACUUUCUGUUACUUUUAUUGUUCUCGUCUUUUCUUUCCAUAGAGACAGGACCACAUUUUGUCUCUGUCUGUCGUCCCUUUUAGAGGAGGGGCGCUCUCAAUGGGGGCAUUCCUUUCUUGCCAGUGAAACUGGAAAGGAGUAUACUAGUGUAGAAAAUCCCAGUAGGGAUUAAAUCAAAUGAAACCGCAAACUGCCAUUGAGCAGCAGUUGCCACACAUUGACAGGGUGAUUGAUUUGCGUCUGAAAAGACUCUAAAGUCGCUCCCUCCUCCCAAUCUUAUGUCAUUGUAUCAUCACAACAGUUGAAGAUGUAUCAGCUCGCCUUUGGACAUCAGAAUCGUUACACAAUGUGGAUGCCGUUCCACUGUUGGCUCUUGCCAUGAAAAUGUGUAGUCAUGUCAGUAAGUGAUCUAUGCAGACAGUUUCAUACACUGCACAGGCCAAGGAAGGAAUCGAAAUUCUGCCACGUGGGGUGUCGACUACCCUAGCAGGCUGCAGCUGUGGGUGUAUAGUUGUGUUUCGUAUAGACUUGCGUUUGAUCGACGACAAUGCCCGCCUCUUUUGUUGGAUGUUGAGGUGAUGAAGAUCAGCCUGGUGGGUGAUCUGUGAUUCUGUGUGAGUGAUUUUAGGGCACGAUCAAGCCGCCGUAGGUUGUGGACUUAGUCGCAACUGCAGAGUAGUAGGGGUAGGGUAUUCUGUUUGCUAUUUAGACCUGCAGAGGCUGUUGAAGCUAUGCCUUUUAGCUGUUGCCAUGGGUACUAUCACGUCGGCGGGCAUUUUCUAGUGUGAUGCAGUUGCGUCUUUGUGCAGGUGAGGAAGAAGUUCAAUCAGAGAAUCAAAGCCAAGCAGCUUCGUGGAGUCAAAAAAACGUUACCUACCGUCUUCCCGCGAACACAACAAUGCGCCCUUAUUUUGGCUGUAUCUGGCCCGAAAUAUAGCUUGUAUGCAUACAAUUUUAAGGGUGCGUUAUGUUCGGGGGAAGACGGUAGUCAUCAGUGCUGCUAUAUUCCGACCUGUAUUCGGCCUGCAUGGGGGCUCAUUGAUAUCUGUCUGGUGCGCUAGCUAUUGUGGUGCUCCACUAUUCCGUUGCCGGAUUAACUCUUAUUUUUCGUACGUUCGCUCGAGCAGAGGAGAUGAAGUUGAAGCGAAGCUCAAAGGGCAGC